CAGGAUUGUAGCAAAGAAAGAGGAUUCGGUUAAGUUUCGGAGACAAUAGGUGAAGAAAUUCUGCCCACCGAAAUGAAGUUGCUCGGACUGAUCUGUCUAUGGAUGACACUGACCACUUGUCAGGGGUACAGGAUACUCGCUGUGUUCCCCUUCAGCGGUAAAAGCCAUUUCAUGAUGUUCGAACAUCUGAUGAAGGGACUCGCCAGAAAAGGUCAUCAGGUGGACGUGAUCAGCACGUUCCCGUUAAAAAAACCGUACCCGAACUACAGGGACAUGAUCGUGUUGCCGACACACAGAGAGUUCAUGAACAACCUAACCUUCAAUGAUAUGAACGACAUGAUCGUGUCAGCGAGCACCGCUGUCGCUACGUUUGGUGGGACUGAGGUCUGCCAGCACCUGGCUGAUUCAAGGAUACAGGAUCUAGUCAAGAAUCCACCGAAGGAUCCUCCUUACGAUGUAGUUCUGAUGGAGGUGUUCGGGGCAAACUGUUUCGCGGCGAUCGCUUACCUGUUGAAGCUACCGCUGGUAGGUGUCAGUUCCUCGGUUCUGUAUCCAUGGCACCACGACCUAAUCGGCAAUCCGGAAAAUCUGGCGUUCGCACCCAACAACAUUCUACCGUUCCCCCAGCGGAUGAGUUUCUGGCAAAGAACGUACAAUCUAGUGCAUACUAUUUACCACAAGCUUAACUUCAAUUACCAUACGAGCACUCAGACCGAGAUAAUAAGGAAGUACCUGAGCGAGGAUUUACCGGACAUCAGAACCAUCGAAAAAUACGUCUCGCUGAUUUUGUCAAACUCCUAUAUUUCCUUGAACGGGAUCAAAGACAUGACGCCCGGACUCAUCGAGGUCGGAGGGUUGCAUGUGCAAGAGGAGGGAGUGGAACUACCAGCUAGCCUAGAGAAGUGGAUGAACGAGAGCACGAACGGGUUCGUCUACUUCACGUUCGGCUCAAUGGUGAAAAUCGAAUCGUUCCCGUUGAAGUUUCAGGAAAUAUUCUUCAAGUCCCUGGGCAAAAUCACGCCUGUCCGCGUAUUGAUCAAAAUAGUAAAUCCCAACGAGCUGUCAGUUGAACUUCCGAAGAAUAUACACACGUCAUCAUGGAUCCCUCAAGUAAAAGUUCUAAAACACCCGAACAUAAAAGCGUUCAUCACUCACGGCGGACUUAUGGGCACCCAGGAAGCGCUCCACUACGGUGUCCCUCUGAUCGGUAUACCAUUGUUCGCGGAUCAAUUCAUCAAUAUCGACACCGUUGUCCGGCAUAAGGUCGCGAUAGGAUUAGACCUUUACACGCUGACAGAGGAGAAAAUGGACAAUGUUCUGAACACCAUACUGCGUGAUCCGACAUACCGGUAA